AUGAGGCGAGGUACACGUGCUUCCGUGCUGAGACGUGGUGCUGGAAGGCCACGUAAGAGGACGUUGGAGUCCCUGGUGGCAGAGUCGCCAGAGAUGCCUACUGGGGUUGAGCCCGUCGGACAGGGACAGACUCAAGAUACUGCGGGUGCAUCGGGCUCCCAGACCCCGAUGGCUCCUUUAGAGGUACUUACAUCGACUGUACCCGCUGUUCCCACCCCUACCGUAGUUAUGGUACCACCAGCGGUACCACGGACACAUCCGGUACCCCCCACCAGUACCUACGGCGUACCAGGCACCAUCGCCAGUGGUGCCUACUGCUCACCUGACACCCACACCCACACCAGCAGCAACAGUUGCUCCAUAUCCGGUGCCACACCCACUGUACCUCUAGUCGCGCCCACCAAUGCUGACCCUGCAGUGCCACCAGCGACACCUGCUCCGACUUAUGCAGUAGCACCGGGAGUACUUCCCUCGGUCUAUCUAGUUGUACUACCUAUAGCACCAGCUCCAUUUGUUCCGCCCGUUCCUGCAGCCGCCCCUACUCACCUCACUGAUAUUGUCGCAGCACGGGCUCGGAUCCCAGCACUGGCAGAGUCGAUGAAGAGUUGA